AUGUGUAGCUUUCCUACAGCAGAGUUCCCCUUGGCUUUCGACGGUGAGGCAGUUUUGACAAUUGGACAAGAAUACGCAAUCGGUGCACAUCUUCACUUUCCUGACUCUGAUAACAAUCGCUUGUCAGGCAUGAGCAUACUUACUCUGGAGUUGGUAGACAAUGCUCAAAAUACCAUCAAAAUGUUCCGGAAACCGUUCUCGAUACCGUAUCGUUCGAAGAUGGUGCGAUUAGCCAAGUUGCUACUGCUGCUGCCGCUAUACAUACUUAAUCUGAUUGACGAGGAGAUAUACGUGUUCUUGCCAUUGGCUUCCGGAUUCCAACACACACAAGACUCACCCGUGUCGAUGGGCCGCGUGACCAUUGAAUCUCUAAGACUCGAGUGGUCCUUCGCUACCAUUGCCUUUAACGCACGUCUAACUGGUAUACAAGGGUUCCUCUACUAUUGGCCGUGGGUCAGCUCAGCAUUCCUAGCUGUUUCAAUGUUCAGUUUGCUCAAUAUCCUCUACCUGCUUUUGGGUUAUUAUCGGUACGCUCAACCAACGAACGCAUCACCCCAUUCGAUUGUCCCGUCGUCAAACAUACAUGCCGUUCCACCCAAGACUCCAUCAGAUUCUGAAGUUGUGCAAAGCCUUUGACGAAAAUUCGGCAUCUUCUAACUAGUCCACAAUUCCGGCAUUUAGAUUUCUAGACUUUGUGUCAUUCGUCAGUACUAACCGACAACUCGGAAUAUCCCCAAUUCACUCCGUUAUUCUUUCGAUAUUUUGCUGUAAAUUUCGCACAACCCAGCACUGCUAUUCCCAACGGUACUCUUUCAUAACCUUGUGAUUCAUUAUUUUUCAAAACAGAAAUUCUCCUUUGGUCAUACACUUAAAAUAGAUUCAGUCAGUUCUGGCAACACAUAACAGCGUAUUUUGAUUUUAUGUCGGGUAUCGAUUGGUUCAAAAAUGCCUUUUUCA